AUGGCUAUCACUCUUAUAUCUGACACUAUUAGGAAAAAUUCUGAAGCAGGUCUAUUGACAGACGGAGUUUUCCUCUAUGUUCAAAAAGCAUUCGAUACAGUUUCACAUCUGAAGCUACUCAAUAAACUGAGAUUCGUUGGAAUCCAUGAUAACGAACUUAAUUGGUUUGAGGACUAUUUGGGAGAUAGGCACAUUCAAGUUGGAGUGAACGGUGCAUUAUGUUCAUCAUUUCCUGUGAAUUCAGGAGUACCGCAGGGAUCUAUAUUGGGACCAUUGCUUUUUAUAAUGCACAUGAAUGACUUAUUCCUUACUCCCUUUAACUCUAACCUGAUCAUGUAUGCUGAUGAUACCGUGAUCUAUUUUGCUGCGAAGACCACUGCUGAAAUUACCGAUAUACUAAAUGAGGACUUAAAGAUCAUCGGAGACUGGGCAAUCAACAAUUAA